AUGAUCGAUGGCUUUGGUUAUGAAGGCAGCGAUCUGGAAAAGCAGCAGGUAACGAUUGAUAUCUGUUCAGACCUGCUGAAAGCCGGGGGAUAUAUGACCCGCGAAGCCCUUGACUGGAGGCAUCGAGAGAAUGUUAUCAACCCUCGUUACUUUGUGUCGAGGGCAGAUGGACGUAGGAAUGAUGACUUGUUCGAAGACUUUAGCUUCCGCCUUAUUUGGAGAAUUGCCCAUGAGAAAGGGCUCCAGGACAUCGAACUCCCAGAGGAGCUACAGCCACUCGUGUACAAAUCCAGGAAACUUAUGACAGCACAACUGAGAAGAGGGGUUGAUUUUCAUCGAUGGAUCGAAACGAACACUCGUUGGGGAGAUGGUUUAGCCCUGAUCCUUGAAUCUGGCCAUGCACCAACCGAAGGCGCCCUUAUAGCGGCAUGCGAAGCGAACUGUGAGGAGAGCGUCAAGAUAUUGGUGAAUGACAAAAGGUGCUUUAUUGGAGAAAAAGAGCUUGAAAUAGCCAGCUUUCAUCCUAAUCCGGCUAUUGUUGAUCUAAUUGUCAGCGAACUCAUUCAUCGCAGAAGGCGGCUACAGGCUCUUGCUGAGGCACACUUACCAAGAGAAGUCCAAGAUCGGUUACGCAUCGAACCUCAGAGCCUACUGAAUGUCCAUGCUUAUGAAGUAUAUACUUUACUUGAAGCAAAGUCUGUGGAUCUGGGAGGUCUCCUGGAGCGUCAUAGAUGGUCAGUCUUUGACUAUGUUGGCAUCAAUCUUAAUUUGGCCGACCGAUUAUGGAGCGCUGGCUUCCGAGGCGUGGAUGAGAUCGACGACGACAACAAGACGUGCCUAACAAAAAUUUGGACAACCACUCCGCCCUGUGAUUUGGAAGUAUUCCUGCAAAAGUCUUGCUGGUUGAUCAGUAAAGGCGCCGAUGUCUAUUACCAAAAGCAUUCCGGAUCGGCCUUGCAUGACAUAGGAAAUAGCGUGGGAAGACUAUUAUACUGGAUGAACGCAGAGGAAGGCUCUUCUUCGAAAUUUCAUUCGUUGAGUGAACCCCCAAAGGCCUUACUGAGAACAAUCCUUUUCAACAAUACUCAAGAUGAUUGCGACUGUGUCUGUUCUCAGAAUGGAUGCUCUCCACUGACGGCGCUUUUGAGAGGACUUUUGCAUACACGUGCUGACCAGGAGACUGUAGCCAAGCUUAUUUGUCUCUUCGCCGAGUUAUUGAAUGUUGUUCUCUUUCACUCAGAACCUGAGCAUGAGCCUGAUGAACACUCUAAGAGGCACUUGAGUGUUUGCGUACUUCGCUUCGUCACAUUCGCAAUCUUGGAUAUCACUCAUACCUGCUCGCAUGAGUGGAGAGAGAUCGAGUCCGAAGAAAUAGAAGAGAUUCAAGAUGAGGAGAAACUGUUGAUAUUAGAUCUCGAGAGGCUAUUGGCACAUUUUCUCGAAGAAUUGAAUGUGCAUGGCCUGCAGCUCUCGAGCUACAUAACUGGACUGUGGCGGACGAACAUGACUUCAAUUCUAUCAACGGCAAGGCCUCAUACUGUGAAAGAAAUUACUCAAAUCCUUGAGUCGGGAGUUGUUUUUGAUCGCCACGAAACCCCCGCCGCCGGGGGGGGGGGGGGAAGGCUGGAAGCUGUCUCCGUCCUAGCUGCGGCUCAAGGUCAUUAG